CUUAAACACGAGCGGGACCCUGCCCUAGACACGCCAAUGUGAUGUGAAAAGAGGGUGCCAGGAUAUUUUUUGAGAGAUGAAAGUUGAGAUGAAGUCGCGCCGAUGAGAUGAGAGGAGCAGCAUUUGCUUGCGCGCGCGUAGACUUUAAAGUCCGACACCACAUGUGCGCUUGAGAUCGAAACCAGGGACUAAGAGCGGUUUAGAGAAGGAGCGGAGAGACCCGAUAUAUAAAAGACCCGAUGAUUUUAUCAGACCAAGCGGGGGUCGGAGAAAGUUCUAAGAGGCGUGGAAGCUCAGACUCCAUUUUUUUCUCUCUUUUCUUUUCUUUUUUUUUUUUUUUUCGUUUGAUCUCGGGCGAUUACAUCUCAACGAAAGAGAGAGAGAGAGACGGAUUGUGUGGAGAAGAUCGAAGUAAGGGGAGAAAAGUUUUUUGACUCCCAUUAAAAAACCUCGAAAGAAAGUUGCCAAGAAGAUAGCACGUAGUUUGUAAAGAAAAAACACGUUUCGUCCCGGGCCCGUUUGAAGGACUCAUCAGUAAGGCUGACAAACGGACCCUGCCCUAGACGCUUUAAAGAACAUUUCAAAACUCUUAUAUAUUGUCAUCGUACGAUGUUUAAGUGAUUGCGAGAAACAUAUCGACGGUGCGCCGCUUAGCGGCAAUUUUAUGAACGAGAUCGAUAUAAUUGAAUCAGCUGUUAUCCCAUCUCGAUUCUUUUAAUUUCUCUUUUUGGUGGGAAAUAUGUUUCGUUAUGAUUGUUGUAUUCGUACGAUUUAAAUGAUAUUGAAUAUCGUAUUUGUAUAAUAAAAUAUCAAAUAUAGAAGAAAAUGGAUAAUGAUUUCGACAUUUAUGAAGACUUGCCUAGUUAUGAUAUAAAAGAUGAUGAGACACCUUCUAAAAAUAAUGAAGCUCUUUCGAAAGAAUGCGAGGAAUUAAGGAAGGAAGUUAGCGAACUUAAGUCAAAAUUAGAAAAUCUUCAAAAAAUUAAUGAAACUUUAGAGGUUAACUUAUCUUCUUUACUUAAAACAGCCAAGGCCGAAAUAACGCGAAAAGAUAAAAUGAUAGACGAACUUAGAAAGCAGGUAGACAAUAUGUCGUUUAGACGUGGCAACUUCAAUAAAAAUGUCAAGGAUAGUAACGAUAAAUCGAUACAGCAGUUGCCUGUACAAAAUGUAUAUGAAUAUAGUCGUGUACAACAAUAUGUUGAGAGUCAAAGAACUUCGAUAUCUAAAUUACCAAAUUCAGAUUCAAAUAACGAUAAAUACAAUUCAGUUGCUAACAAUUCUUAUGAUAGAAAUUUUCAGAACUCUAGUACCGUUAAUUGUUAUCAACCCGAUGAAGAUCAAAUUGUGUCAGAUUGUGAAAGUUAUAGCAAUCGAUUUAACAAUACAAGGCAUCGAUCUAAAAAGUUACCAGUACCUUACAUGGGCAGUACUACUGUUUUUACCGAACGUUUGCGUAAGAGGAUAAUGGAAGAAGAAGCAGAAAAGAAACGGAAGUUAUUGGAAGAAGAGGAAAAGACAAAUCUAUUAUUAGAAGAUGAACAUGAUAAAAAUACAAAACUUAAUAUCGAUGAUAAAGAAAAUGAUUCUUACUGUAGUAUAUUGAAUUCACAUGUGGAUGAUACGAGUUUGAAGAACAAUUCUUCUAGUGUAUGUGAUUUUACUGAUAAUACUAAUACUGCAGAAGACAAUGCUGUUUCUAUGACGAAUCAACAAAGGCUAACUUUAAAUACUAAAGUAUCUGGAAAAAGGCUGGAUAAUGUUGAUACAUCUUGUAGCAAACGACGAAAAUUAGAUACGGAAAGAAAUUCUUCCACAAAUAAAUAUAGUCUUCCGGAAGAAGAUGUAUUUAAUGAAUAUGAUCAUGGAAUUAUAUCAAGUACAAAAACGGACAAAUUAAAAUGCGAAGAAAAUAGUAAUUCUUAUAUUGAAAAGAAUGCUUGGAACGAUAACAAAUAUGAUAAAGGUACAAGAUCAAAUAAUACUUCAUACAGAAGAAAAGAAAAAGAAUAUUAUAAAAAAUUCAACAGUGAUUACAACAAUUAUUCCAAAGAAAGUAAUGUAUAUCAUGAAAAGAAUAAAUAUAGUCAUACACGGAAUAGAUCACCUCUUCCAAAAUACUAUGACAGAAAACAUAAAUAUCACGAUGAUCGAUAUAGGAAUUACAAAGACCGAUUUGACAGAAGACGAAAUUCUCAAGAUAGAGAAGAAAAUAGUUCAGUAACUUCCGAUAGAAGAUCCUAUGAUUUACGCAAUAAAGAUAGAAAUAGAUCUCAUGAAAAAUAUGGUAGUUCAGAUUAUAAUUUAUCAAUAAGUAAAGGGAGCAAAUAUUCAGUUUCACAUGUCUCUAGAUCUGUAUCACAUGAAAGAAGUAAAAGUAGAGAAAGAACAAAUCAUAAAACUUAUGAUAGGAGAUAUUUAAAAUCAACAAGGCAUGAUAAGAACUCGGAACGUAAUAAUAUUCUUUUGAAAAAAAAAAGUGAAAUAAACGAAUCGAAAGUUGUAUCUGUGUCAAAAACAAAAAAUGAUAUUUUAGAUAAAUCAAUUAAAGAAAAUACUAUCGAAGAAAUUUUGGAAGAUGGCGAAAUUGUAUCUCCCGUUAAAUUUAAUCUAAAUAGUGAAAGGAAAGAAAUAGAAGAUAUCUCUAAUGUAGAAACUCAUAAAGAUACUCUUGAUCAAUUUAAAAAUGAAUUGAAGUCCCUUAACGAAAUGAAUACACGUAUAUGUUUAACGAAAACAAAUAGUAAAAAUAUAGAAUAUAAAGAAAAGAAAAUUGAUCAGAUUGAGAAAGAUAAAGAUACUAUUGUUGCUGUAACAACUGUAAAUGUUACUUCAGAAAAACCAUAUAUCUCUUUGAUUGAAAACAAACAGGAUUGUAUGGUAACAUCUACAAACAAUAUUGUACCACUUUCAAUAUGUAUAGACAAUGAUAUUAAUAAAAAUGGUAUUAACAAUGAAAAAAAAUCUAAGUGCGAUAAACAAAUUGUACGAUUAGAGAAGGCUGCUAAAGAAGCUGAUAGCACUUGUGAUAGUAUGCAAAAUUUUCCUGAAGAUAUAUCAAGAACCAUUAAAGAAAUUUCCGUUGAAUCAACUAGACAAGAGAAUAAUAUUUGUGAAUAUAAUGAUGAAAUAGAAGAAGAAAGCAUUUGUAAUACUUCCAAUGUAGAUAUAGUUAAAGAUAAUGUUUUUAUUGAGAAACACGAAAAAGAAAAUGAUGCAUCAAAAGAUAAGUAUAAUAUAUCAAGUAAUAACCAUGAUAAUCAAGUUCCUGUAUUAAAUGAUCAACAGGAGCCAUUAGUAAAUGCUCAUCAAGAAGUUGCAGCUAUGACGAAAGACCUUCAAGAAAAUGAAGAAGAUAAUAAUGAAAAUGAGCAUGUCAAGGUUAAAGCAUCUAGAAAUACUAAAAAAGAAGGAUCAGAGUCCGAAAAUUCUAAAGUCAUUAUUUUUGCUCGACGUAGAAAGCAUAUACAUUUAACUGAUAACAAUGCAUCUAUGACUGUUGUAAUGAAUCCUAAUAAUAUUAAUUCAGAUGUUAAUGAAAAGAACAGUGUUGAAAAUAAUUUAAAAUUACGAGCAUGUAAAGUAUCUCGUUCUUAUAAAGAUGUCCUGUAAGUAUAAUAAAAUAUAUAUUAUAUGAUAAUUUGUUUUUAAA